UUUUUUUUUUCUCGUUAAGACAUAUUUAUAACAUAUACAUUUACAAUGUUACGCAUCACAGAAUUGAUGAAUGUGGCAAUAAAAUCUUCUGCUGGAAUUCACCAUAAAUAUAAUAAUAUGAUAUGGCGUGCUCUUAAUACAACAGCUACUAAAUAUAUAGAUAAAGAAGUUAGAUCUAGAAGGGCUUUAUUUUAUGGUAAGUUUUAUUUUAAGAAGAAAAAAAAAAGAGGUUUUCUCUCCUUAUGUGAUGUUUAAUCCUUCAAACUUGUCAUAAGUCCCGGGAAGUGAUGAAAGAAAAGUACACAAGUCAAUUACAAUUGGAGCAGAUUGUAUUGUAUACGACCUUGAAGAUAGUGUGUCCUCUAAUAAAAAAGGUACUGCAAGGCAUAUGAUUAUUGAUGCUCUAGAGGCGUCAGAACAUGGAAAAGCAGAAAAAGCAGUAAGAAUUAAUGCAGUAGGUUCAGGCCAUGAAUUAGACGAUCUUAAUGUUAUUCUUCAUUCAAAAAGAUUACAAGCAAUCGUUAUUCCUAAAGUUCAAAGUGCAAAAGAUAUUCAAUUUGUUAGUAGAAUGAUUGACUCAGUAGCUAUUGAAUCACAACGUGAACGAAUAAAACUAAUUGCUUCAGUUGAAAGUGCACUUGGUAUGAUGAAUAUUAAAGAAAUAGCCACAGCAGAUCCUCGAUUAGAUGCCUUGAUUUUUGCUGCAGAAGAUUAUUGUGCAGAUUUAGGAUUAACUCGUACAAAGCUUAGAAAAGAAAUGUUAUUUGCACGUCAAUUAAUAGUAAACGCCGCUGCUGCUUAUGGUUUACAAGCAAUUGAUUUGGUUUGUGUAGAUUAUCAAGAUAAAGAAGCCCUUUUAGAAGAGUGUAAAGAGGGUAAAGGCUUUGGAUUUGCCGGUAAACAAGCCAUUCAUCCUGAUCAAAUUGAUAUUAUUCAUAAAGCUUUCUUACCUGAUCCUAAAGAUCUCGAAAGAGCAGUCCGUAUUUUAAAUGAAUAUGAAAACUAUUCACAAAAGGGAAUUGGUGCAUUUAAUUUAGAUGGAAAAAUGAUUGAUAUGCCUGUUGUUAAAUGGGCAAAAAAAGUACUUGCACAUGCAAUAGCUGGCAAUAUGACAAUACCUGAAAUUGAAAACACGAAAGAUAGCACAAUUACAGAAAAGAGGAAGCAACAAUAAACUUGCUGCUGCUGCUGCUGCUGCUGCUGUCAUUAAUAACUACUACUACCAUAUUUAAAAUACCGAUAUAAUUUACAUUUUUC